UGCAUUUGCGUGUGUUUGUGUGUGUGUGUGUGCAGAAUGUUUCGAAAAAUUUUGAUAUUUCUAUUUUUUCUGGUAUUGGUUACAGCAAAACGUUUAGGCAUCCAUGUGAUAAAUGAUAUUCAAUAUGGUCGAUGGCGUUGGGAAAGACGUAAUAAUAAAACAAUGUUACCAUCCGGUGGUAUUAAUGCUGAAGGUCCAUAUGGACGUUAUCGUCGUCCACGUAUGCUUAUUUUCAAUGCAAAUGAUUAUGAUGAUGAUGUGGACAAUAUGAACAACAAUCCAAUACAACAACAACAACAACAACCGAAAAUAAUUAUAAUGGAAAAGGGAUCAUUAAUGAAAAUGAUACAAAGACCAAAAUUUGAUGAUUUCUGGUCAACCGAUGAUGAAAGUGAUUUUAAUGAUAAUUUAAUGGAAAAGAGAUCAAUGGAUCAAACAUCAUCGAUAACGAAUCGAUCAAAUUCCAAUUCAACAUCAUCAUAUUCAACAUCAUCAUAUUCAACAACAUCAUAUUCAACACGUUCAUAUGAAUAUGAUGAUGGGUAUUGGCAAAAUCGUACAAAUAUUGAGGAUAUAUCAGCUCGAAAUGGAUCAAUGAAUGAUUUAUAUGGUGAAAAUCGUGAUUCAUCAUCAUCAUCAUCAUUUGGCAAAAAUUUUUCCAAUCAAAAUGAAUCAUUUUCAAUGCCAAAUUUGACCACCAAUGCUUAAAUGGCUAAAUACACAAAAUAUUUUUCAUUUCCAUUUUCAUUUUUUUUUUUUUUUAUUGUCAGAAUCACAAAACAUCUGUUGUUGUUUAUCAUAAAUAUAUGGACAAGGACAACAAAAAAAAAUUUUUUUUCCUAUGCCCACCAUUAUCAUAUUAUCACAUAUUGAAUAAAAGGAUUGAGUAAAUAUGACAUCAAUCAAAACGAAAAAAAUGAAAAUAAUAAACUCUAUAUUCAAUUUGACCUUGGUCAAGGUCAACAACAAUACAGUCAACCAACUAACCAAUGGUCACCAGUUAUGGAUACACAUCAAAUCAAUCACAUCCAAUCAUUUAUUUAAGUGAAAUAAAAUAUGAAUGUUCACAGAAUGUUCAAUGAAAGA